AAGUUUGUGACUUUUGAUAAAACAUUAAGUGAUAUUUUUGUGACUUUUGACAUUGACUGCUAGUUUGGGAACAAAAACUUGAUUUAGUGCUAUUUUUGUUUUGUUCUCUAUUUUAUAUUCUCUAUAGUCUAUAAUCCAUUUGUACAGAUCAAAUUUAAUAUAAUCAACAUAUAUACACAACAAAAUCUCUUUGUAUACGAGGAUAUACAUCUCGUUAACUAUAAAAGCUGCCAAGACUUUAAAUUGUCAUAUAUUACCCAAUUAGAAUCUAGAAUAAAAUUCUACAGCCACAAGUCCAUACCAAGCCCAUGCAACGUCUAUUAGUUCCCAACCAAUUGUUUUGAUUCGAAGAUCGGCAGAUUAGUCCUAUCACCAUAAUAGCUUAUCAAUGGGCCUAAGAUAUAAAAACACAAAUGGAGCCCAUUUAUCUUCUCUGGUCAGACGCGGUAAAUUCUCAGUAGUGGGAAAGGAGUUCACAGCGGUUUCAUUCACUUCUUCUACAUAUCGUCUUUAACUACAGCUGCAAAAGCAGUUUCUUCACUUUUAUGAGCAUAGUGGAGAGAUGGAGUUUACAAUUAUUCAUUACCUCAGAGUUCUCUUCUUCUUCAUUGCAUCAUCUUCUUACAGUUUUGUUGUUCCUGGAGACAAAAGCUCUGUCCUUACUGUUGAUGUCCGUAGCUUUGGUGCUCGAGCUAAUGACCACAGAGAUAACACGAAGGCCUUUGUAGCAGCCUGGGACAAGGCGUGUACUUCAUCUUCAAGCUCUGUAGAUCUUAUCACUCCAAGAGGAGAGUUUCAUGUUGGUCCGCUCAGAUUCUCUGGUCCUUGCACUAACGUAACACAUCUCACUGUCCGAGUAAAGGGUCAUCUCAAGGCAUCAACUGAUCUGUCAAAGUACAGAUCAGGAGGUGGUUGGAUUGAGUUUGGAUGGAUCAACGGUUUAACUCUCACCGGAGGUGGAACAUUUGACGGUCAAGGCGCCUUAGCUUGGCCGUUUAAUAACUGUACUACUGAUUCUCACUGCAAACUCCUCCCAACAAGCUUGAAGUUUGUGGGGAUGAACAGAACAGUAGUAAGAAGGAUAAGCUCAGUGAACAGCAAGUUCUUUCACAUAGCAUUAGUACAAUGCAGAGACUUCAAAGGGACAAGACUCAACAUUACUGCUCCUUCUGAUAGUCCAAACACUGAUGGAAUCCACAUAGAACGCAGCUCAAAUGUCUACUUCUCCCGCUCUCAUAUCGCAACAGGAGAUGAUUGUGUCUCUAUAGGACAAGGAAACUCUCAGAUCACAAUCACAAGUAUCAAAUGUGGACCUGGACAUGGUAUCAGCGUUGGGAGUUUAGGGAGAUAUCCAAAUGAGAAAGACGUGAAGGGACUAGUGGUGAGGGAUUGCAAGAUGAGUGGUACGACUAAUGGGAUAAGGAUCAAAACUUGGGCUGAUUCUCCUGGUCUAAGUGCAGCUACUAACAUGACUUUUCAGAACAUUAUUAUGAGCAAUGUGACUAAUCCAAUCAUCAUUGAUCAGUCCUAUUGUCCUUUCUCUUCAUGCACUUCCAGUGUACCAUCUAAGGUGAAGCUGAGCGAGAUAUACUUCAAGAACAUAAGAGGAACAUCAUCAUCAAAGGUAGCGGUGCAGCUGCAUUGUAGCGAAGGAAUGCCAUGUAAGAAAGUGUAUUUAGAGAAUGUUCAUCUUUAUCUAGCUUCUUCCGGUGGAGGAAGUGGGAAACAACAGAGCAGCAACGGAGGAAGUGAAGCUGUCUCUUCUUCUUGUAGAUACGUUAGAGCUAAUUACAUUGGGACUCAAAGCCCACCUCCAUGUCACUAACUAAUUUUCAUCAUUUCAUCAACCUUUUGUUGUAGUUUAAUUACUUUUAUGCUUUUGUUUGUCCUCUUGGUACACGUUUUUCCCCCAUUAUAUUCACGUCAAUGGAGGUAAAGGUAAGUAGUUUAAACACUAUGCAUGAUAACAGUAAAAACAUUCAGGCUUAGACAAAGAUCCAAAGACCUAAGCCUCCUAGAAUAAAUGAUAUAUCUUGUUCUGUUUUAUCGUGUUUUUUUUUUUGCUUUCUUUAAUCAUCUUACAAAAAAAUGUUUUCUUCUUGUAUCGUUGUUGACUUCUGACUCAACAUCAAUAGAUACCGACAAAAAAAUGUUUUGUAAGAGCCGCCAUAAAGUUUCCAAGUCAAGUGGAAUGGAAGCAGAAAAUUCAAAAGUCAAAAAGUCAACAAGAGCAUACUAGUUUAUGAUAUUGCUGUC